AUGCCUGGCUCCGGGAGAGUCCCAACUGGCUUCGCUGCCGAAACCUAUAUCAGCGACCACACAUUUCGCCAAGGACAUCGUGCUACUGAAGGAGGCGCAAAUGCAAAGAAGCGGAAGCGAGAGGGCAAGGGCGACUUGAGCGUGGUUUCUGGGACCGGAGCAUACAAGGGACCUUGGGCACGGUACGAGGAAGAACGGCCCGACGCAGCGUCCGACGACGAGUAUGGGAGCGACGAGGAGGUGGAGAUUGUCUACGAGGAAGACGAAAUCGAGGACAACCCCGAAGCGGCGUCGACGAAACUCGCAGGCACGGAUUACCACGAUACUGAAGCAGAGGGGGAGACGAGCGCGUUUGUGGGCAGCCAGCAGUACGACUAUCAAGGGCGAACAUACAUGCAUGUGCCCACCGACGUCGAUAUCAAGCUUACCGGCGAUCACGAGGCGCAGAAUUUCAUCCCUAAGAAGCUCGUCCACACAUACCAAUACCACACCAAGUCCAUUACCCAGGUGCGGUUCUUCCCUGGCAGCGGCCAUCUUCUUCUAUCUGCCUCGGCAGACUCCAAGAUUGCAUUAUGGGACACAUAUCACCAGAGAGAGCUUCUACGUACAUACUCGGGCCAUACCAAGUCUGUGAAUGACAUCGACUUCAAUCCGAGCGGAACACAGUUCAUCUCAGCGAGUUACGACCGGUACAUGAAAUUGUGGGACACAGAGACUGGAAAGUGUUUGAACAAGUUCACAACUGGAAAGACGCCGCACGUUGUGCGCAUCAACCCCAGCAAACCGCACGAAUUCCUAGCAGGCAUGAGCGACAAGAAGAUCAUGCAAUACGACACGCGAAGUGGAGAGAUGGUGCAGGAAUACGAUCACCACUUGGGUCCUGUCAAUACAAUCACAUUCUGCGACGAGGAUCGGCGAUUUAUCACCACUUCUGACGACAAAUCCCUGCGCGCAUGGGAAUACGGCAUCCCCGUCCCUAUCAAAUUUAUCGCCGAACCCUACAUGUUCUCUAUGGUCCGCUCCGCGCCCCAUCCAUCUGGCAAAUACGUUGCAUUCCAGUCCUCCGACAACCAGAUCACUGUCUACUCUUCCACAGACAGGUUCAGGCAAAACCGCAAGAAGAGUUAUCGGGGCCACAAUGUGGCUGGCUACGCGCCCGACGUUGCCAUUAGUCCCGACGGGCAAUUUAUCAGCUCUGGUGACAGCGGCGGUUAUGUGUGCUUCUGGGACUGGAAAACGUGCAAGAUGUGGCACAAGAUCCAGGCGAGUGACGCGCCGAUCCUGGCUGUGCAAUGGCAUCCGCGGGAGACGUCGAAACUUGUUACAGGCGAUUUGAACGGCGCGCUGAAGUACUGGGAUUAAAAAAGUGUGUUGGACGGGGCUGGAGCUCGGCAGCUUCUACAGCGCUCAUUGGGCCCUUGGAGGGUCGACAGAAAGCUUGUAUAGUGAUACCCAAGGCGACGCUAUUGCUUGUCUCCGUACAUGGCCUUGUCAUUCACGUGAAA